ACUUUAUAUACAUAUUAAGCAAAUGCAUUACUGUGUUUUUAUUAGAAAAAUAUGUCUAUAAAAAUUUACAUAUUAUAAUCUAUAUGCAUAGAUCAAUAGAAGGUGCCAUAAGUGGAAUUUUUCACGAUUAUAUCACAAUUGCAAAGAAUCAGAAAGCAGCGGCAAUAGAAUAAGCAUGGGCAUUCCUGAUAUCCGAAUGCUCAUUUCAGUGGAAUUUGAAGUAUUUGGCCACGUCCAAGGUUGUUACUUCACAAAAUAUACUCGAGAUCUUUGCACUAAAGCUGGAAUAAAAGGAUGGGUUAAGAACUCCAAACAAGGGACCAUAAUAGGGAAAAUACAGGGUCCAAAAGAGGAAGUUAAUAGGAUGAUUGACCAGGUAUAUUUUAAACACGGCCGAAGAACACCAACACAAAAAGAAGAGCCACGCGAAGGAACUGAGAAUACCCCGUUUUGGUUCAACCAGGGCCAUUUUUUAGGAGCGCGAGGAGGCCGCCACUGUAAAUGGGAAUUCUGCAUUAAAAACUAAUAAUAAUAGGUUGUCAAAAAAGUCUUGCGCUCUUGACCGAUGC